AUGAUCCGUACUAUAUUGUUUGCAUGUCAUGAAUUUCUUAACAUGAAAAUCUCAGAUGAAAAGUUAACGGAAAAACUGAAAGACACGAAGGUAGUAGAAGUAUACAGAGAUGAGUUAGCCAAUACAAAGAUGAGAAGAAAGGCAGUUAAGAAAAGUGUGAGGUUUGUGGAUACAGAACGAGAUGCUCUUUUGGAAAAAGACGAAGAGAAGGAUUUAAUGAAAGGGAGAAGAAGCUGCAACAAGAGUGAUUGUAUGGGUGAAUUUGGAGAAAGAGAAAAGGUGAAUAUUAGAGUGAAGGUAAAGAUGACAAGAGAAGAAGCUGCUAAGUUUCUGUCAAAAUUUAAUAACAAGGAAGGAGGGGUUCUUCCAUUGGAGGAUGUUGCUCCUCAGCUUCUCGCUCUCCCACUUGACAGAGUUACCUUUCUGUCCACUUGA